AAACAACUCACUCCCGGCACUCUAAGUGACAUAUUUAGCUCCACGGCAUUUCAUUUGGAGCCCUGUCUUCUGGAUCUGUUUCCUACUAGUUCACUUAUCUCGCCGCUAUUAGUAAUGUCUGAUCCAUUAAGGUCUGAUAUCUUGACUCAGGCUGCUCACGCUCAAGUUUAUUGCAGCUGAAUGGUAUCUGCGUAACACAUUUGUCUGUUUUCUCACCGAACUCAGUGGAUGUGCGUCAUUUGCUGAUUGUCUUUCCAAAGGCUGGGACCCUUCGCCGGCUGUGCUUUUAGGAUCUGAUCAUGGAUUUGUGGUCGACUGCUGGUGUUUCGUAGCUGUCUACGGGAGCAGCUCUUUUCAGGUGUUUCCCUUUGUGAGACAUUCUGGCUUUUACACUUCUUAUGUACUCAAGAAACUGGAAGUCCUCACACUUUUGGAGUUGUGACACUCCCUGUUCCUCAGACUCUGUCUUCCAUCUGAACUAUUGGAUAUAUGGUUGGUUUUAGAUCUUAUUGUGCUCUAGGACUAUUGCUUUUCCAUUCGUACUCCUGCUUCAGCAUUUUCACUUACGUUCUUCUUGAUUUGGAGACGCCAAACAGGAAAGGGAAAGCGUAGACGCUUGUAUGGCUUGCUGCUUUCAAACAAGUUGCCAUGGCAGCUGGAGUCCAGAUGAUGAAGGUGACCUCCAGCACAGCAGCACAGGGAGCGAAGCGGGCACGGCAGGGGACGGCACCCCUCCUCCCAAGCGCAAGGGCAAGUUCUCUACCCUGGGUAAGAUCUUCAGACCCUGGAAGUGGAGGAAGAAGAAAAGCAGCGAGAAGUUUAAGGAAACUUCAGAAGUUUUGGAAAGAAAGAUGUCGAUGAGGAGGCCAAGACAGGAACUGAUCGAGCAGGGAGUGCUCAAGGAGCUUCCUGACAAUGAAUCAGGUGAGGCUCAUGGCCACAAGACACCUUAUGUGAAGAACGGUCACACUCUGCCUGUAGGAGUUGGUGGAGGUCUGGGGCUAGAGCAGAUACACUCGCCCUCUGAAUCUGAAUUUAGAGUCAACCCUGUCUGGCUGCCGCAGCCCGAUGACCGCAGAGGUCGUGCCCCUUCUGACGGGGAUCAUCGUGGAGCAUUGGGCCCCCGGGCCUCCAAUCAGGAUGAAGGCAGGAGAAGUGGUUGGUCUGUUGGGACAGAGGACUGGAAAUCUAAUCUGGCCUGGCAAGGAGAUGAUAUCCGACAUGGAAGACUGCAUGCUGAAGUGGACAAGAGGCCUGGGCUAAUGAAAGCCCCCUCUGAGGAUGGACGCAGGACUCGCCCCGAAUCGGACUGGAAGCCAACGCUUCCUCGCCACUCAUCUGUCGAAGAGGGAAGGGGAAGAAGAGCUGAACUCGCACAAGGAGGCACCAACCUAGUACUGGCCAAGCCCUCGCCCCCCAUGCCCCCCAAAAGAACCACACCUGUCACCAAACGCAAUGCAGAGGACUCCCCUCUGACCAUUUCCUCCCUUCCCUCCAUUCUGUCCGAGGACAUGAGGGCCAACAUCCCCGGGGGCUACCAGCUGCCCCCGCCUCCCCCAUCCCCACCUCUCCCCACACACAUCCCCCCUUCCCCACCACGGGCCCACACCCAUCAUCUCCUCCACCAACACUCCUACCCCUACCCCCUGCCCCAGCCACUCCCUGUCCACUUUGACCCUCCUAGCCCGCCGGAGGAACCACCAGCCCAUCAAGCCCCCGUUCCCUUACACAUUAUGAUCCAGAGGGCGCUCAGUAGCCCAGGACCCACUCUCCCACACCCAGAUGGCUCCCAGCGUGCCCACUCACUGCUGUUUGAGACGCCACCGGAGAACCAGGGCAGCCGCCCACUGCCAGUCACCAUCCAGCCUCUCAAACUGGAUGAGGAUGACUACUCCGAUGAAGAGGAGGAGGAAGAGGAUGAUGACGACGAUGAUGAGGAACCUCUACCUGAUCACCUUCCAUCCCCUCAGUCCCAGCCAGAACUUGAGCCUCGUAGCCGCAGAUGCCUGGUGGGGGAUCUGAGCGUCAGCGUCAUCCCUGAAGGAAACAACAGCAGCGAGGAGGAGGAAGAUGAGGAAGAUCGUCAGCCGGAGGAGAGCGACUCGGAUGGGCCUGUGCUAUACAAGGACGAUGAAUCGGAUGAGGAUGACGAUGACGACAGCCCACCAAGUGCUCUGGCCAGCAGGGUGAAAAGGAAGGACACGUUGGCGCUGAAGUUGAGCAGUCGGCCCUCUGCCCCAGACAGGCAGGCUCCUGAGAGGCAGGCCAAAGUAGAGCACACGGGUCUGUCGUGGCAGAGCAAGGAGCAGUGGGAGGCCAUCCGCACACAGAUUGGUAGCGCACUCACACGGCGAUUGAGCCAGAGACCUAGUGCUGAGGAGUUGGAACAGAGAAACAUUCUCCAGCCCAAAAAUGAAGCAGACAGACAAGCAGAGGUCAGGGAGAUCAAGCGCAGACUCACCAGAAAGUUGAGUCAACGACCGACUGUUGCCGAACUGCAGGCUCGAAAAAUAUUACGUUUCCACGAGUACGUGGAGGUCACAUGCGCUCAGGACUAUGACCGCCGUGCUGACAAGCCAUGGACCAAACUCAGUCCCGCAGACAAGGCUGCUAUUCGUAAAGAGCUCAACGAGUUUAAAAGCUCUGAGAUGGAAGUGCAUGUGGAAAGCAGAAUUUACACAAGAUUCCAUCGUCCUUAAUUGCAUCUUUUAACUGGAAAAUGAAGCACUUAAAGGCCGGUGGAUACUGGGAAGAAAUUACUGUUUUGUUUUUGUUUUUUUGUUUUUUUGAGGAGCAUCAGUGUGUCAGAGCUCCCUUCAGACUGCUUUUACUAUGAAUGUACUUCUUCAGAUGCACAGGGACGCCUGGAGCAUUCAGAAAAAAAACCAAACAGACCGUUUCUCAGUUGUCCGCCCACUAUCGUGUGGGACGGGCGACCUCUGGGGGACAGAUGCAGUAUUUGUCCUGGACUUUAGGGGACCCAUGUGCCAAGACAGAGAGGCGAUGAAGGACUUAUUAGAGGAUGUUACUUGUGCCAAUGGCAGAUAUUCCUCUCUCUACUCUCUGAAUGGCCUUUUUUCUGUUUUUACUUCAUAUGAUAAACUUUAUUUCCUUUCAGGGAAGUGUAACAAAGUAAAAAAAAAUAAUAGUAUUAAUGAUGUGACUAAUAAAUACAGUAAUACUACAGUAAGUGUUAGUUACUGCGCAUAGCGGGGCAGACAGAAGUACUGCAAGAAGGCCUGAGCCUGGAUCUUAUUGUGUAUGUUUGUAUAGGCUGCUGUAAUUUUUCUCUUAGUUUGACUCUUUGGAACGUUCUAAAUGUUAGAAACUUUAAGGCACAAGGUUUUUUUUUCUAUUAUUCAUAACUUUGGCUUUGACCUUCUUUAUUCAAGACGGGGUUACAGAUUCCCCCUUACUUUGUGGUCCUCACUGUUUGAGAAGUCAUAGAGAAGAAUAGAAGAAGAUAGGAUCCAUUUUUUUUAGAUAGAAUGUAAGCGUUUCAUAUUUCACUAUUGAUUUACAGAAAAAACUGUGAUCUAUUAUCUUUUACAAUCUUGUUUUUAAUCCUAUCACCUUCUGUAAAAAUGAGGUCCAGCUAUUUCAGUUUUAAGAAGUGUCCAAAUCAUGUUUACAAAAUAUUUUAUUUUUAAAUAAAAAGGAUUUCCUGAUUAUUUAUUGCCCAUUUAAAAGGAGAAUGAAUUUAGUCCAGACACACACGCACUGAUACAGUUUUAAAAAUGAUGUUUUGUUAAGUAUUGUUGACACGGAGGUUAUUGCGGCAGGAACUCUUCUUCAUUUUUUUCCAAUUAUUUUAUCAUUUGUUUUUUUUUGUUUUGUUGGCCAGUAGGAUAAUAGGAAUUGCUCUGCUGUACAGAUCCAUUCUGUAGAUGAACCUGACUGUUUGUGUAGAUCUUGUCUUCCUUUUAUUUAAAAAAAAUAUUUUAAAUAUAUUGAAACUCAUAUAGGUUACUAUUUUUUUAAGCACAAAAUUAUUAGUGUAUUAUUCAACACUACAGUGUAAUGUAGCGUUGUAUAUUCUUGCUUUUUAAUUAUAUGUGAACUUUUAGAAGCUGACAAUAAAUU